UCUAGAAGCCCACCCCCCUCAGCAUCUUUACAGGAGAGAAUACAGCCAGUUGUUUCAGUGAAUAGGCCUACAUUAAAUAGCCGCCGCGCCGAGACACACAGUUUGGUGGCGGUACUGGGACACACAACACCGAAGAUGGCUUCACCGAGGACGAUAACAAUUGUGGCCCUCUCGUUCGCUCUUGGCAUUUUUUUCGUCUUCAUGGGCACCAUAAAGCUCACACCAAGAUUGAGCAAAGAUGCUUACAGUGAGAUGAAAAGGGCAUACAAAAGCUACGCAAAGGCCUUGCCAGGUCUAAAGAAGAUGGGCAUCAGUUCGGUGCUGCUCCGUAAGAUCAUUGGCUCACUGGAGGUGGGCUGUGGUGUGGUUCUGACGUUGGUGCCAGGGAGACCCAAGGAUGUGGCUAACUUCCUGCUCUUGCUGGUCAUGCUGGCGGUCCUCUUCUUCCACCAGCUAGUAGGAGACCCCCUGAAACGAUACGCUCAUGCUCUGGUUUUUGGCAUUCUGCUCACCUGCCGACUGCUCAUUGCCCGGCAGAGUGAGGACCGGCCCGAGAGGGAGGAGAGCAGGGAAGAACACAUAAAUGUCCAGGAAAAGAACAAAGUCAAAAAGUCCUAAUCCAGCCUGAUCGUCUGGUCUGGGCAGAGCGACAGCAACUCUGGUCUGGGCAGAGCGACAGCAAAAUGGAACCUUGUGCGUUUCUUUGGAUUGUAGCAAUUCUGAUUAAAAAGAAACACAGUCGCCACAAUGAGUGAUAUACCCACCCAGUCACCCACCUAUCCCUUCCCCCACUCUUUUGGUUGACUGGUUAUUGGUUUCAUCCGCUCCCCUGCACUCAUCCUAAAACUGAAAUCCGCUUGUCCUGUAUCCCAACCUUGACAGUGGACAAUCAUACUUGUGGCAACAGUAAUGAGCUCAGCUCUUUUGAAAAAUAUACUGUAUAGGACCUUUGACCUCUGUCCUUUUCCUUGUUUCCCCCCCAUUCUUAUGUUGCAUCUAUCAAACCAUAAGAUGCCAAAAGUUCAAUGUUUUUUAUGUUUGUUUUUGACACAAAUACUAAUUUGAUUGACUUUGUUGGCUUUGAGAAUGCUGUUGUUUUCCGCUAUUGAAGAUUGGUACUUUUCAAUUUUUUACAUUUUAGGUGGGAAGCUAAUGAUAUCCCUUGAAUUCAAUUGUUAUUUUACAACAAUUAAGCAUGGUUCAUAUUAAAUGGUUUAAAACAAACUAAUAUCCUAUCAA